AUGCUCACACCGACAGUUGCGAACGCCGUCUCGUUCUUUUACCCGAUAGGCAACACUCCGGCUGUCGAUCUGCCACGCUACCUGCCCCAAGGUGUUGAUGCCGAUGUGCUUCUGCUUGGCUGCGGAGAUGUUCGCAAUAUCCUCUCCAGCGUCUAUGCCGAAACGGGUCUACCACCUAGGAAGCUAGACUUUACUUGCUGCGACGUUGUCGAGGACCUUCUAGCUCGCAAUGCAGUCUUCUUUUCCUUUCUUGUCGAUGGCGCUUAUGGUGACCUCCACCAACUCUGGGCCAUCUAUUACCACCUCUACCUGGACGACACUGCCGUCAGCACCUUCCGAAACCAGAUCAAGAAGCUUCUGAGUGCAGCUUCAUCUUACGGCAAGUGGCAUAACAGCACCUAUGGCGGUGCUAUCCGGUUCUGUGACGAGGCGACCUUUGACGAUUUCAGGGCUAUACUCGACAAGUAUAGUAGCGAGGAUGAAGCGGCACAGAGAUCAGGCAUCGAGUCCAGUCUUCGAGUGGCACAGGCUCUGUUCAAAGAGAAGUUUGGGGGGAACCCGCACAACGUCACGAGCAUGCGAUCCGCGGCACCCUUGGGCCUGAAGGCCGGGCAGGAUCUUGGACAGGUGUAUGAUCACUACUGGAAGACGGGCCUGACCGGACAGCCCAUCGCCGGCGUUGCACACCCCAAUCCGCUCUUCGCUUCGUCGGUCACCCAGGAGAUAUCAUUGCAUUACGGCACAGAUCCGGUGCUCGGAUACCAGCUGGCUACGGCUUUCGCCCCUCUCGCGGAGCGUUCGCCACUGCGCCCGGAUAGUCUGGACUCUUCCGAGCAGUUCAAGACUUUUAAGGCAGCGAAAGUGCAAUUUGACCAGUGGAUCAAGGCCCUCCGAGAUCGAAUCACGAAGGGAGACAUUGUCAUCCGCUUUGUUACUGCAGAUGCACUGGCCCUCUGUAAUACACUGGCCCAUAGAAAGGCGUGCCCCAGUGAAGCUGAGAGCGGCUGGCCUAGACGACAGUUCGAUGCAAGAAAGUUGGAUCUCCACGCCUUGUUAUAUGGUAAGGAUGGCAAGGGUGGUCCGACGAGCUUCGACGCUAUCGACACGUCAAACUUGGCAGACCACCUUGGUACACUCAACAUACUGGUAGCCGCGUCACCCCUGCUCAAGGAGUUGCCGUGGGCCACGCUGUCCACCGAGUUCCUGCUGAAGAGAGGGUCUGGAGACCGCAAGAAUAUUGACGAGCUCCUUUGCGGAGAUGGGCGAACUUUGUCGAUGCUGCUGGGUCUUGCGCCUAUGGAGUACUGGACCAAUGCGACUGCUGUGUCGAGUGUCGAUGAGUUCUUUACCUCGAUCAUCCAGAACAACCUCAACGAGGGGGCCGAUGCACAAGUCCACAACCGGAUCUGUUGGAAAUUGGCAAACCAGGUACUUGGUUUGCAGCAUUCACGGGCUAGGCUGACGAUAAGCCCAUCGGAUCUCGCCAGUGUGGUCCUGGGGACAUACAAGGAGAUGUUUGCCUCUGAGGACCCGACCAAGAUGAUGGGCAUUUCCCGGGAGCAGUUGACGCAGAAGCUGCGCAGCACAGCAUAUCCCCAUUUUCAUCGGGGAAGCCUGGCAGCGUUGCUUGGCCGUAUAAGGCGCCAUGUCAACACAGACUGGACGCAAUUCUGCGAGACAUUUGUUCAGAUGGUCUUCUCAGAAUCGUCCAUCAUGAUGAGUUCCCAGCAUGCGCAGGACUUUGCUGCCCAUCUUCAUAUGUGGGGUCUGCAUUCAGAGUCCUGGCUGCAAGAGGACAUUUACAGGAACAGAGCAGCGCUAGGCAGCUUCAACGCAUGGAAGGAGAUACCGGAACUGGUCGCUGUCACAUUUGUGGUUCCUCGAAGCGCCUUCAACAAGCUCUUUGGUUUGCAAGGCCAGGGCAUGGUCUCACCGACUCUGCAGAUCUCUUUCGAAUCUGCGACUGGCGACCAGCCAGAAUGGCAAAACCUUUACACGGAUCUGCACCUCAACUUUGGCAAGGUAGUGUGUAUAGGCUCUCCGGAAGAAGACUCGUUUGCCAUCAAGGUCGAAGAGGAUGCUAGGAAAUGGUCAGGGGACGCACCUGUGGUGGCCUCGUUCUACAUGCUUUCUUCCGCCGCUCAGACCGGAGGACCGAAAGCCCGAAUUUCUCUUCUCCUACUCCACACUGCUCAGAAUAUCAUGGUCUACGCCAAAAAGUUUGGCCAGGAGCUAAAAGUCUUUCAGACAACUUUGGGAGACAAGUCGAGCGUUUACUUCACCAAGUUCCUCCCGGGCCAGACGCGCUAUCCCUUCAUAAGUACAGCCGUGGCGGCUCCUACCGAAGAUACCCCCGACAAGAUUUCAAACACGACAUCAUUAUCCGUGGUCAAUAUCGACAAAUCUGGGAGGUUCACCAACGUUAUUGGGCAUGUUGAUAUCGAGACUGAACAGGGCAAGACUCUUCUAGAAGAGAAAGUCCCUAUCACUCUCCGACAGACAUCACCCUUUGACAUUGACAUCGUCUUUGGUAAAGACGAGCUAGUGUGUCCCUUGAGGUUCAUCACACCAGUCAGCCAGGAUGGUGCCCGGACUCGCAUUGCCCGCAAGUCCUCCUAUGUCGAGGUGGUCGCUCCAUUCGCAGACCCUGUCACAGCGAACAUUUUGGCAGACUACAUCUUUCCGACAACUCUGGGCCCGAAUGGGUUCCCGACCACUCAUGGAGUGCCUCAUAUCAACCUCGACACCCAGCCGAUCCUCGAGGUCUCCGAGACGGCCUCGCUCAGCUGGCUCACGACCCUCUCAUCCUUCAUGUUCAGCACCCGCGAGAAGCAACUGCGCGAAGACGCGCAAAAAGCCGCUCACGGUCUCGCCGCCAACCCGAGGCUCAACCUCAAGGAGUCGCUCUUCACGCUCUUCAUGCUCGCCUCGGGCCUGCAGGGCGGACAGACGGGCCUCUUCGCCAUCAACCACCCGGAGCGGGGCGGCAUCCACGCGCUGAUCCUCGUCUCGGCGCUGCGCAUCGACGCCGCCAACGCCUCGGUCGUGGCCGACGCCGCGGUCCUGCCCUUCACGCCGGACAUGCUGCAGGACGAGGCGCUGUCGGGCUUCCUCGCCUACCUGCGCCUGCUCGAGAUCUGCACGCUGACGGUCGACGACGCGGAGCUCGCGCUCUGGAAGAGGGUCCUGCCCGCGCUGGCGGAGCGGUGCCGGACCUGGCGGCACGACCCUUCGUCGUGCGAGUACGGAGAGGAGGGCGCGAGCAUCCCGCUCGGCCUCGAGCCGGGCGGGGCCGUGCUGUGCUCGUGCGGCAGGGGCGUGUUCCCGGACGAGUUCCUCGCGGUGCCGGAAUGGAGCAGCGCCAGCCGGUUCGCGACCCGCGUGGCCAUCAGCCCCGUCUUCGCGGUGGAGGACCUGGAGGAGGUGAUGGACAAGAAGUCGGCGGCGGCGGCUAUCAUGGGCAGAGCUGGCGGUAGUGGAAGUGGUGCGAGCAGAACGCCACAGCAGGGGUCUGGCGCCGGGGCUGGAGCCUCGGGCAGUGCUGAGCUACCCUACUCGCCCGAUACGUGUUGGACGUGCCGGGCCAAGGAGGCCAAGGGGGGUGGGAGCCUGAAGAAGUGUAUGCGGUGUCUCAAGGCGCGGUAUUGCUCUGCCGAGUGCCAGAAGAAGGAUUGGAGGAAGCACCGGAUGGAGUGUGAGGAGGCUUAA